AUGGCGCCGCGUAUUCCUUCUCUCCUCUUAGCCUUUGGGCUGUUGCUCCUCUCUCUACAGGGGCCCCUCAACAGAGGUUUCUCUCUCCUUGCUGCUGCAGCGAGCAGCAGCGGCGACGACAGCAAAGGAGGAGGCAGCUCAGGGGGAUCGGGAUCGGGCUCGGGCUCGGGCUCGGGGUCCGGCUCGGGAUCGGGAUCGGGCAAGGACGGAGAGGGCGACUCCAGCUCCGGCGACGAGGGGAAGAACGGAGCGAAGAAAAAAAACAAAGAGGGUCCGUCUCAAGAGCGUCCGCCUACGUCGCGGUCUCCGUCUCCUCCUCGCCAGCAAUCGAAAGAUAAAGGCCUCGCCCAGGCCUUGCCGCUUCUGUGGAAUGCCGCUUCAAAUACAUCGGCCGCUUCUGACGAGGCAACGGACCUCGAGGAGUACAACGCUGCACUUGGCCGAAUUUUCGAGAAACGAAUGGCAUUUCAGUGA